AUGUACACACACGUGCAUUCAUGUAGCACUCACUUUGUAAAGGAUAUGCACCCGUACCUUCCCCUCUAUACAAGGGUGCCGAAAAGGGAGCCUGAGAGCCUGCAUAUGCAUCAGGCCCGCGAGGGUGUUGUUGUUGCUAAGAAGGACUUCGACCAACCAAAGCAUGAGGAGAUUGACACCAGAAACUUGUACGUCAUCAAGGCUUUGCAAUCUUUGACUUCCAAGGGUUUCGUUAAGACUCAAUUCUCUUGGCAAUACUACUACUACACCUUGACUGACGAAGGUGUCGAGUACCUCAGAUCCGAGUUGAACAUCCCAGAGGGAAUCUUGCCAAUGACCAGAUUGAAGGGUGCCCCAGCUUCCAGACCAAGACCAGUCUCUGCCAGAGGUCCUCAAAAGAGAUUUGGUGGUGACUCUUACAGAAGAAGAGCCAGAGAUUAA